AGAAGAAGAAGAAGCCGAAGAAAACACGUCGCUGGUGUUCGGUUUAACGUUGAACUUUUCACUGAAAAUAUUUAAAUUCAUAUUUGUUCACCGACUAUUUGUGAAGUUAUGACACUAAAGGAAAGUAAGAGUCGAGUCAACCGAUGAGUUUCCCUCCUAAUCUCUGACUGUUAGUUGAUUAGCCAGUAAAGUUAACAGCUAGCUUAGCCCGCUAGCUCCCUGCACGUAGCUGCAGUAACGGUAGCUCUGUGUCGGGGUGGGCAUGGGACCGACGAGGAACAGACCCCCCAUGGGACCGCCGUUUGAUAACGGACCUCCAUUCGACAUGGGGCCACCGGGAUGGGGGCCUCCGCCACCGGGAGGCUGGGGUCCUCCACCGCCAGGUGGCUGGGGCCCUCCGCCGCCCGAAGAAUGGGGGCCAGCGCCCCCCGGAGGUUGGGGUCCCCCGCCGCCUGGUGGAUGGGGGCCACUACCACCUGAUGGAUGGGGACCGAGAGGGCCUCCACCGCCCGGAGGUUGGGGGCCACCGCCAGAAGGAUGGGGCCCAAGAGGACCACCACCGCCAGGCUGGGGGGCUCAUCCCGACGACUGGCUGCCACCUCACCCAGAUGCCUGGAGACCUCCUUACCCUGACGACUGGAGACCUCCUCACCCUGACGCAUGGAGACCUCCGCACCCGGACGACUGGAGACCUCCGCACCCCGACGACUGGAGACCUCCUCCUGGUUGGCCUCCAGGCGGUCCCCCUGAUCCGUGGGGACCGGAGCUUCCCCCGGGACCUCUACCCCCUCCUCCUGUAGGAAUUCCUCCUCCGGAUCCCGCAGCCUAUGGACCACCCCCUAUUCCCCCUCCAGGCUGUCCCCCUCCCAUAGGCUUCCCACCGGGCUUCCCUCCGGGCUGGACGGGAGAGCCUGUUGUAGAGGAACCGAUGCCCAACCCGCCCCCAGAGCAGCCUGAGUGGAUUAAAGCGUUGAUUUCAGCUCCGCCCACUGAAUCGACUCCAGGGGAAAUAAAAAAGAACACAGAGGAGCCUGUCGUCAUGACAACACCUGCACCAGACCCCCCUCCUCCUGCAGCGAAGGCUAAGCCCACAGCUGACCCCAUCAAGGCUGCCAAAACCCUCGGCCUGCUGGGAAAACGCACAUUUGAUAAGCCUCCUCCAGGCAGGUCGACGGGGAUCAUCUCAUUCAUCGGGCCGAGCUUUGGCUACAUCGAGAGGGAAGAUCUGGAGAAGUACACCUUCAGCUUUGACGCCUUCUUUGGAAACCCCAAGGCCAUGCAACCUGGGGUCAGAGUUCACUUCACCGCCUGCAAGGACAAGACCAGUCUGAUAGCGACGGAUGUGAAAGUGGCUCCAGGUGGAACAGAGAACGUGGACACAGAGAUCUAUGAGGCCGUGGUCAGUCAGGCCAUCACAGAACCUCAGCCUGGUGGGCGUCAGUACCCUGGGCAGGUCCACGUGAACAUCGGGCCGCUGAGGACCAACCUGACAUUUGAGACGAAGGACAGCACGGUGACACUGCUGAAGAACGACCAGGUGCUCAUCAACCUGCUGACUGACAUCGUUUCCGAGAAGAGGAGGGCGACCAACAUCAAACCCAAGAUCCCUUCGACCUUCAGCCACACCAAAGAGUCCAGAGAGGAGGGCGUCAUCAUCAGCCUUAAAGACAAUGAAGGCAUCAUCAAGUCGGAAGAACACGGCGAACUUCCCUUCGACAUCAAAGAGAACUUCAGUGACAUCGAGUUCACCAGCGAGGACGUCAACGAGGAGGUCGAGUUCACCGUCAUCACGCUGAGAGCGGGGAAGAGGGCGAUCAGGCUCCGGCGGGUGAAGGAGCCCCUCCUCCUGACCUUCUGCUCUGCAACCGCCGCCGCUGCAGCUGCUGUCGAGGAGAAGAAGGAGGAGAAGGAGGAGACACCGACCACAGGUGGUGACAGCGACCCUCCCCAGGCCCUCAAAGGGAAGGCCAACACCAAGUCGGAGAUUGGCCCCACCAUGAAGCUGGACCCAGAGCUGUACGAGGGCAUCGUCAGCCAGCCAAUCAUCGAGCCGACGCCGCAGAUGCAGGGUUACCCGGGUCAGAUCCACGCCAACAUCGGCCCUGUUAAGACAAACGUGACCUUCGACCACCGAGACUGUGGCGUAACGCUGCUGAAGAACGACCACGUAUUGAUCAACCUGCUGUACGACCUGGCAACCGGGAAGAGGAGAGCAGCCAACAUCAAAACCAAAAUCCCAUUCACCUUCAGCUACACCAAAGAGAAGAGAGAGCUGGGCAUCAUCACCUAUCUGGGGUCUGAAGAAGGCAUCAUCAACUCCGAGGAGCACGGCGAGCUACCUUUUGACAUCUGUGAAAACUUCAGUGACACCGAGUUUGACAACAAAGACAUCCACAAGGAAGCAGAGUUUACUGUUGCCAUGGUGAAAUCAAAGAAGAGGGCAAUCAGGCUGUUGAGGACAAAAAGGGUGGAGGACAAAAUCCUGGAGGAGCAGAAGAGACGGGAGGAGGAAGAAAAGAGGAGGAAACGGGAGGAGGAGGAGAAGAGGAAACUAGAGGAGCAGCGUAGAAGGGAGGAGGAGGAGGAGCGACAGAGAGAGUCAGAGAGGAAGAAGAAGGAGGAGGUGGCGGCGGCGCUGGCGGCUGCAAAAUGCAAAUGGACGCCGUUCGGCUUCAAAAUGAGAGACCCCGACACGCUGGAUGACCUCAGCAAGGAGCGAUUUGAAGGCACCGUCCUCAAAGCUAUCUCCAAAAACAUAAAGAUCAAGGAGGAGCCGAGGGAGGAACCAGUAGGAGCUCCCUUUGUACCGGUCAAAGUUAAAGUAGAGAAGAUGGAGCAAGAUGAGAAGAAAGAGGUGGAAGGAAAAGCUGAAGAAGAAGAGGAGCAGAUGAAGGUGAAAAAGGAGAAGGUGGAGCAGCAGGAGGAGGAGGUGAAGAAGAAUCAGUCAGCUAGAGUUAAAACAGACCCAGAUGUCGGUCGACUGGUGAUGACUGUUGAUGGGAAACAGAAACAGCUUCCCUUCGGUCCCGAUGACCUGCUGACCACCGCCACAAUGUUGGACGGUGACAAGGUGCGUUUCAACAUCGCCACCCAUCGGGUGACCAAAGAGGAGCGAGCGACCUACGUCGAAAUUCUCCCCGACUCCUUUGAAGAGUCCAUUGAACAACGUCGACACGGCAUAGUGAUCGAGUUCACAGACGACUCGGGGCUCAUCAAGUGCACUCAGAACCCUCAGCUCUACUUCCACAUGUCGGAGGUGAUAGAGAAGAAGAGACUGGAGCUGAACGAGAAGGUCGAGUUCAGCGUCGUCCCGCAUGAAACGGCGGAGGGGGGGAACCAGGCCAUCAGGAUAAAACGCUUCACGGAGAGUGUUUUCCUUCCUGUUCGGAAAUUGGGCGGUGUGGGGGCUAACAAAGGAAAGAUGACCAUCAAGCUGACCAAGGCUUCAGAGGAAACUGAGAAAGAAAAACCAGAGGCAGACAAGCUGAAGGCAGUUGUGAAAAAUCUUAGAACACAGGACAGCAAGACCAGCAUCAGCAGAAAGGAUUACAGUUCAUCUCGGCGUAGAUAUGGCCGGAGCAGAAGUCGGAGCAGGAGUCCAAGUAGGAGUAGAGCGAGGAGUAAAAGUAGGAGCAGGAGUCCGCCCAGGGACCAGUUUGGACGUCUCAUCAAAAAGAGACGCAGCACCAGUGCUGACCGCGACCGUAAAAGCAGCAAGUCUGGGCGAAGCCGAGAGACGUCAAGGAGGCACACUAAGAGUCGGAGCAGGAGUCGCAGCCGAGGCAAGAGCUCCAGCAGGAGCCGCAGCAGGAGCAUUGAGAGGAGCAAAGACGGGCACAGCAAGAAAAGGAGCAAAAUCAGCCGAGAGCGCGAAGAAAGUCACAAGAGAAGGAGGGAGUUGAGCCCUCCUCCCAGACGUGCCGGAGUCAUGGAGGAUGAGCUGGCAAGGAAGAAGCGGGAGCUGGAGGAGCUGAACGAAAUGAUCGCUUACAAAAAGUCACUGGUGGACAGAGACCCUGGACAGAGGACCUGCAUUGACUAUGACCAUGGCAGGAUUGCCGUCCCGCUGGCUGAGUACAAACCAGUCAGGUCCAUCUUAAAGAAGCGACCGGAGGGACCAGAGUACCAUCGUCCUCCCCAGUCCUACGACGACCCUUAUUAUGACCGACCAUAUAGUCCCUUCCAAGAACGGCGGUACGCUGAACGCUAUGGUGAUCCAUACACCAGCCAUCCUUACAGUGAUCGCCCUCCUUAUGGUGAUCGUCCCUACCCUGACCGACCAUAUGAAAAUCAUCUGUAUGGUGAAGCUGCCUAUGGUGGCCCUCCAUCAACCAGCCAACGUUACACUGAUCGCUAUGAUGUUUACGAUGAACCCUAUGACGAUCGCUACUAUGAUGCAGCAUAUGCCAACCGGCCAUACGAUGAUCCGUAUCACCCUGUCAAACGGAGCCUGUCUCCCCGUGCUGCCUCGCCUUCUUCUCAGACUGGCCUGGUUGCCCCCAUCCAACCUCCCUUGACACAUACUGUGGCCACUUCCCAUUCCCCUUUCAGACCUCCUUCUCCCACAGAACCGCCUCCUAGAAGCCCCUCUCCAAGACUGAAGAACAAAACACCACGACUAUCCCCCCCUGCAGAAAAACCACCCCUCGAUCGCUUUCUUGACAUGCUUAAUAAAAAGGUUGAUGCUGAAAAGCAACCGGACGCGGCUUAUGUCCAUGAUGACCUUCUGCCUCAUGAGCGUGCACUUCAAGAUGGCAGGGGUUUCUCUCGGCUUGUGGGACUGGCUCAGGAACCAUCAAGCAGCAGUCUAGGAGUAGAAAGGGAAAAGAACCAACUAAGCCCUAAACGGUCUUCAGUAGAGAGAAUAAGCGAUGAACCGAAGAGCCAAACAGAACCCUAUGAUAAGAUCCAGAGUCUACUCCGUACGAUUGGCCUGAAGCUGAGUACAGGAGAUGUGUCCAAACUGGCAAGCCGAGCCCAAGAGAAAAUCUAUGGGUCAAAGUCUUCAUCCAUUGAAAGAGAGACUAUGUCAGUCCCAAGGGAAAACCUUCAAAUGAGUAGAACUGGUUCUGUGGAAAUGGAUAUCAUCCAUUCCCCCUCCCCUGCCAGGUCCUCCAGUUUGGAGCCACUUACCAGACAUAAAACAGUCUCUGAGUAUGAAGGAUUCCUCGACCAGCAAGAGUUGGAGGCACUAAAGAAGGCACAACAGCUGCAGAGUCUUACCAAGACAAUGGGUGGCACACCUUCCACCUCUUCAACUGCUAAACCUCCUCCUGGGCCUCCUUCUACUCAUUACCAACAUUCACCUCUCCCAUCCCAGGGCUCUACAACCCUCAGCAUGGGCACUCCAGCUGCUCCUGCAGCUUGUCAGGAUCAUCAAGGAUUUGGUCCUACAGCAGGACCUCCCCCUGGACCACCUCCUGGACCUCCUCCACGGCGUCCUGGACAGCCUCCUCCAGGACCUCCCCCUGGACCACCUCCUGGACCUCCACCUCGACGCCCUCCUGGACAACCUCCUUUCACUCCUCCCUCCAAUAAUGUAGUGUUUCCUUUUAUUGGCCAGCCUCCUGCAGCUCCUGCCCCCAACUCCUCCAGUCCUUUGCAGCCUGUAAGCACUGCCUCAGUAACACCAUCAUCAUCGACACCAGCAACAUCGAGUCCUCCAAACGAUGACCACUCAGCCAUCUCUACGACAGUGGCCAGAUGCCUGAAGGUCAUUGAGACGGUGAAAUCACUGGCUGUGCAGCCAACAGCCAAACCAGUCAAAACGGUCCAGUUCAGUUUACCCACUGAGUCUCCCACAGCCUCCAGUCCUCACACCUCAGCAGAGAUGGAGGAAGACAUAAAAAACAAGCAGAAGGAGAAGCUGGAUCUGUAUAACCAGAGGAUUUUGGAGAAGAGGGAGCAGCAGUACAAGGAGAUGCUGGCCCGCAAGAAAGUAGAGAAGAACAACGGUGGCGCACUGCCCGCCCCAGGCAAGCCGAUCAGCAGCGAGCCCAAGAACGUUUGGAUUUGUGGUCAUUCGCUGGUGUACUGGGCCGAGUCCCGGGCGAAGUCUCCAGAGGUAGGUAUGCAGCUGGGAAUGGACCCCAGCAAGGUCACCAUCUGGUGGAAGGGUACGCAAGGCAUGACGUGGCCCCAGCUCCUUCCCCAGCUCCACCAGCUGAAAGUCACCUGGCCCAACCCAGACAUCCUCAUUAUGCACUUGGGCGGCAAUGACCUGAGCACCGACAGCCCCACCGACCUGCUGGCUUCUGUCAAGAAGGACCUGACGUCCAUGAGGAGCAUCUUCCCUCAGUGCAUCCUCGUGUGGUCCAACAUCCUCCCUCGGAGGGUGUGGCGUCACUCGGCCGACAGCCACGAGGUUGAUCUGGUACGAACCACGGUCAAUCGCAGGAUCCAAAACAUUAUUUCGGACCUGGGCGGCACCUCACUGACCCACGACAACAUCAGGUGCGGCGCCAACACGGGCCUGUAUCGGGCCGACGGCGUCCAUCUGUCUCCUAAAGGCAUCGAUGUUUUCAAUCUGAACCUGCAGGACUUUCUGGAGAAGUGGGAGAUGGCCUCAGAGAAGAGCUGAGACGUGAUCAGUCUUUUCUGUUUUUAUGUCUCUUUUUAUUUGAAUCAUAGCUGAGCUGCAUCGACUUUACUCAUAAAACUUCAUCUUUAACAUCGUGUUUGUAGUUUCCUCUCACCGUGUAGGAGCAGCUGUGGUCUUAAGACAAUAAACUUCAAUAUCAACUGACCUGCUGUAUCUCAGACUUUUCAUUUUCUUCUUGAUGUCAGAACCUGCAGUUAUGAUGGUUAUGAUCCUUAUAGAAGAUGUUAAGAUACACGUGUUGUUGUAGUUUGUGUGUUAAUCAUUGAAACUGUCUCCAGAUUAAUACAUUGUUGUAACUUCUACAGGUAAAUGUAAUCUCAAUAAAGAUUUAUUGCCAAAAAUGAAAA